GUAGAGAAGCCAAAGAAUCCUUACUGCUCUUGUGCAUGAUGAGCAAUGAAAAGACUGGCAGCGGGCUGUGUAAGUGUGCUAGCCUGCAGAUUUCCAGAGAAGAGUUCCAGUCACAAAUGCAUAUGUGAUGCAUGGUAACAUUUACCGCUAAGGUGAAAUGCAGAAAUGAAAAGGACACAUCCAUAUGGGUAUUCUCAGAUAUGAUUACAUGCCCUUUAAUGUGUUUUCCAUGCUACUGACUUUUUUUUUAAUGUUUAAAAAUUGUAACUGUUAAACAGCUUAGGACUUACAAACUCAGUGUUUCUGAAUGAGCAUCACAAGUAGAGAUUUUAUUACAGCAUAAAUACCUCAGAGGAACCUUCGACCUAGAUCCAUACGGAGUUCUUUCAUCAGCUGUGAGUGACCUGAACAGUCAGCUCCUAGGAUGGCAGACAAGCUUCCCACAGAGUUUGAUGUGGUUAUAAUAGGAACAGGUUUGCCCGAGUCCAUCUUGGCAGCUGCAUGUUCAAGAAGUGGACAGAGAGUUCUGCAUGUUGACUCAAGAAGUUACUACGGAGGGAAUUGGGCGAGUUUCAGCUUUACAGGUUUGCUGUCCUGGCUGAAGGACUGUCAACAGGACCAUGAUGGUGAGGAAGGCAUGCCUGCUACAUGGCAAGACCUGAUCCAUGAAACAGAAGAAGCCAUCGCAAUUUGCAAGAAGGAUGAGACUAUUCAGCACACAGAAGUCUUCUGCUAUGCCAGUCAAGAUGUGGGGGACAGCAUGCAAGAGGCCAAUGCUCUGCAGAAAAGUCCCUUGACAGAGGCAUCUGCUACCCUGGCUGACUCUCUGGAUUCUGCAGACUUGCCCAAAGAAGGGCACUCGGCAUCCUUUACAAGCUAUGAAGCACCUUCUAGACAUACAGAGAGAAGUGAUAGAGAGCUUUUGCCACCCCAGGCUGAUACAGAGGAGUCACUGGAGAAAGAAAAGUGCUAUGGAGAUGAAGCUGGUACCCACACAGUUUCAGAUGGAGAUAAAGAGGAACACAAACUUGUAGAAGACAACACUGAACAACCAAAGAGAAACAGGAUUACUUACCCUCAAAUGGUUAAGGAGAGCCGGAGAUUUAAUAUUGACUUGGUAUCAAAGCUGCUGUAUUCUCAAGGAUCACUGAUUGAUCUUCUGAUCAAAUCAAAUGUUAGUCGUUAUGCAGAAUUUAAGAAUGUCACUAGGAUCCUUGCAUUUCGGGAAGGGAAGGUAGAACAGGUGCCUUGUUCCAGAGCAGAUGUCUUUAAUAGUAAAGAGCUUACUAUGGUUGAAAAGAGAAUGCUAAUGAAAUUUCUUACAUUCUGUUUAGACUAUGAACAACAUUCUGAUGAAUACCAAGAUUUCAAACAAUGUUCAUUUUCUGAGUACUUAAAAACUAAAAAAUUAACGCCCAACCUCCAACAUUUCAUACUACACUCAAUUGCAAUGACAUCAGAAUCAUCCUGUACUACAUUAGAUGGCCUUAAAGCAACAAAAAACUUCCUUCAGUGUCUUGGACGGUUUGGCAACACUCCCUUUAUAUUUCCUUUAUAUGGCCAAGGAGAAAUUCCCCAGUGUUUCUGCAGGAUGUGUGCAGUUUUUGGUGGUAUCUAUUGUCUUCGCCAUAAAGUACAAUGCCUUGUAGUUGACAAAGACUCUGGAAGAUGUACAGGAGUCAUAGACCACUUUGGCCAGAGAAUAAGUGCCAGCUACUUUAUUGUGGAGGACAGUUACCUUUCUAAGAAAACAUGUUCAGAUGUGCAAUAUAAGCAGAUAUCGAGGGCUGUGCUCAUCACAGAUCAGUCCAUCCUGAAGACAGAUUCAGACCAGCAGAUUUCCAUUUUGAUAGUGCCUCCACUAGAGCCAGUAACCAGUUCCGUUCGGGUCAUGGAAUUAUGUUCAUCGACCAUGACAUGCAUGAAGGGCAGCUAUCUGGUCCACCUGACCUGUGUCUCCUCCAAAACAGCCAGAGAAGACUUAGAACCAGUGGUGAAGCAGUUAUUCAUUCCUUUUACAGAAGCAGAAGCAGACAGAGAAGAAGUCAGAAAACCAAGACUCUUGUGGGCUCUUUAUUUUAAUAUGAGAGAUUCCUCAGGAGUGAGCCGAAGCUCAUACCAUGGCUUACCUUCCAAUGUGUAUGUCUGCUCUGGGCCUGACUGUGGCCUGGGGAACGAGCACGCAGUCAAGCAAGCGGAAACACUGUUCCAGGAGAUCUUUCCCAGCGAGGAGUUCUGCCCACCUCCACCAAAUCCAGAAGACAUUAUCUUUGAGGCUGAGGGUUAGCAGACACUCUUGGAGUCAGUAAUACACUCACUGCUAAGCUAGACACCGUGAGGGCAGCAAGACUUUGCAAAGCCCAAAACACCUUCGAAAAGACAAAAAAACAGACUGGAAAUGCCUUCAUCCUGGCCUCAAAAUAUUGUCAUUUGAGAGAUAGCCGCCAUCUGAAUAACAGCAGAAGCUGUGUAAGAAACGCUGAUCACAGGUCUUCAGCGCUGAGACGCUGGGUGUUAGCUCUGCUAACCUGUCAACAGCUGACUUGUUGGUGACUCAGCUUUUUGGUUUCAGAAUUGGCUUCAGGAAUUCAGAAUCUUUGAAUGUCAUUGGCUUUUGGGUCCCACAUUAGCACCUUUGCUUACCUUAAGCUAAUAUCGUACUUGCUCCUGUGUUUAGGUUUUAUGUAUGGUUGUCCACACAAAGGACUGUUCUAGCUACUGCUGUUGCUACCACCUCAGAUGCAUAGAGGAACACAUAAAUCAUAAACUGUGAGUUUUUUAUAUAUUAUGUGAACACACAGAGCUGGUAGUAGGAAUAGCAGCUAAUACAAGUGCCAUGUGACAACAUGACUGUCUUUCAGAAGCUUAGCUGUGCAUGAUCCUGUGUCUUGGGGUUAAUACUUCCAUGUGAAUUCACCUGCUUGACCUUUGGAACUAAGGCACAGGGAGACUCCCCUAGCCUUCUACUUUACAAAAUUAGUAGUCCAAGAAGCUUAUAUUUAAGAGAUACAUUGCAGGCUGCGUACGGUGGCCUCCCAUCUUCAGGAGGCUGAGCCAGGAGGAUUGCUGUAAAGUCUAGACCAACCUGGACUACAGUGUUGAGAUUCAUUUCAAAGCAAACGUGCCCCCCCCCCCCCAGAAGUACAUUAUAAUGAAAACCAAAGGGACAGUGUUUAUUCAGAAAUUUUCUAUAGAGCUGCCAGUAACACUUAAAAAAAACCCCAACUCAGGCUAACAUAAAUUAAUAAAUUACCCUAGAAAAGGGUACUUUAGGAUAGGUGUUUAGAAUUUUCCAGAAAGGAAUUAAAUUCCCUAGGAAGAAUAGUGGUGCAUCUUAAUGUGGGAUUAUAGAUGGCUUUAAACUUGUAGCUAGAGCUCCCCAUCCAAGCCUCUCAGGGUGAAACGUGCCACCUGGUUGGCAGUACUACAUUAAUAAGCAUCGGGAGCUGACAGAGGGCAUGACUUCUACAUGUCUGCUAUGUAGAGAAUAGAGAAUUUUCCCUCCAGAACCACCUGCCAUACCCCAGCAGUGAAAGCCUUCUGUCCUGUGAGACGGUGUCCAACGCGCUAGUAGACUAAAGUAUGUUCUGAAUACUCCCUUACUACUCUUCAGUGAGGAAAGCAAGGCAAGACAUUUCAGUGAAAGGCCGCGUGCUAAGAGUAGAAAGCCAUCAGUUGGUCUUAGUGUUGGUUUUCUAAUAUAGUAAAAUGAUAAUAUUGGGUAGAUCUUAAGGUUUAAAUCUAGCAGAACAACUGAAAUCCCAGAAAUGAUCUAAAAACAGCAACUAAAACAGGUAAAAUGGAAGUGAGAGUGCUUCACACCUACUUUAUUAUAAAGUUUGUCAGAACCACAGACUAUUUGAGAGACAUUAAAAAAACAGCAUAGUGGCAAAAGAUAAACAAGUUACAAAAGACAGUUAAAUGUAAUGGAAAUAAAAAUUAGAUUAGGCCAAAGCAGAUUUUUUUUUAAUUUUUUAAAUAAUAAGGAAGAGAAUAUUACUUUAAAUAAUUACAAAACAAUAAGUUGGAAGUGAGACAAACCAAUAAAAUAUUUAAAAGUAUAAGGGGCAUUAUCUAAUUUUCUAACAAGUUAGAAUGGGUUUAUUGGAAGUUUUCAGGUAUUUAAGAAAUAAAAUCAUAAAUGCUGAUUUUUACCAAUUACAUUCUAAGGUAGGUGAAAGCUGUAGAGUAAAAUGCUGGCCAAAGAGAUAGCAAACAAACAGUUGCUUACAGUAAUUCAGGGUUAGAGGGCUUGUGUCCAAUAGAGUAGCCGUACAUCAGCCUGAACAGAACACGUGAUAAGAACCCUUAAUAUUAACUGCACUAACUAGGAACUUACAUUUAGUUUCAUUAUGUUUGCUAAUGAUUCUGUGGGCUUUUCAUAAUAUGAUAAGCAACUACUUAAAAUUUAACUCAGAUUUAUAUUGGGAAAGCAUUUCUCAAACAGAAAUAAAAGGCUUUGUUACUAUUUUUAUCUGUAUAUGGCUAAAAAAAAAAUUGUCACUGGAAUAAAAAUGCAAAGUAAAGACGCAGAAAGAAAUCAAUACAAAUAUAUUUUAUUUCCAUGGCUUUAUAACUUACUAAACCUCUAUUAUCACUAACUAUACUACAAACAGAAGAUAAUUUCACAAGUUUCAAAUACAUAGUUUUUGAAAUCUCAUUUUUAGAGUCCCAACAGUGAUGGAAUUUUAAAAAGCAUUGCUGUUAAGAUAUAUAUAUAUGAGCAUCUUAAAAUGGUAUGUAGCUAUAUUAAAGAUACUUAACUAGAAGAUUUAAUGAAGAAGCUAAAAUUUAAAAUAUGAGUAUGCUCCCAUGAGCGACAGUUUGUGAUGAAGGAAGGGAGCCCUUGCAUUUAUUACUAGUUGUGUGAUCUCAAGGCAGUCACUUUUCGCUUCCCUUCACCAUCUAUAAAAUAGAAAUAAUAACAGUUAUUGUGAAGAUUUCAUUAGAUAAUGCAUAAGAAGCCAUAUCGAAAGUAGUGCUGGCAUAUGACAUUUCUAUAUAAGUGGUACUUAUUACAAUAUAAUUUGUGAUGCCAAGCUUAUGCUUUCUGUAAUUUGAGAGAAUUCUGAUAAAUUAUCCAGAAAAGUAAGCAGGGAAAGACAUCUUUAGUUUUAGAGUAGAAAAUAAAGGGUUUUGCCUUUCAAGCCCUUAUGGCAUGAUAACAUGCAACCUAUCAAAAUGUUCUGUGGUGCUGAGUUCAAGAAAGACUGAUCAGCUACCUGGAAAGAAGUACUUAGAAGAUGCUCAUAGGAAUCUGAAUCAGUGUGGAAAUAGGUGCUAGGUCCUCUUUUCAUCCAAUAAUGCAGAUUAUUUGUUUAUGAAACUGUUAAGCAAAAGAGUAGUAAGACUACAAUUUUUACCCCUGUAAUGGUGCCAGGGAAUGUUCUGGCAGUGAACACUGACAAGGUACAUCAAGUAAAAUUAAAAUGAAAAGGAUAUAUAUGCAAAACAAGGAGAGAAGGAGGAAUAAAAAAGCUGUUUCUAUUGCAUUCGUCUAAUUUAUUUAUUUAGUUUAGUUUAGUUUUUUAAGACAGGCUUUCUCUGUAUGGCCCUGGAUGUCCUGGAACUCGCUUUGUAGACCAGGCUAACCUUUGAACUCAGAGAUCUGUCUGCCUUUGCCUCCCGAGUACUGGGAUUAAAGGUAUACACUACCACCGCCUGGCUUAUUUUUUUAUUUUAUUUUUUUUUUAAGUGGGUGUAAAUUGUUUAGGCUUUCUAUUCUUCUUGCACAGAAUAUAAAGUGAUAGGUUGCAAAUGAGAAAAAAGUAAAAAAUAAAUUCUUUGAUCUGCGAAUUAAUGUGCAUUAAAAUAGAGAUUAAAGCAGUGUUGACUGAGUUCCUACUAGUAAAUGGAUUUUUAAAUCUGCAUGAAUCUUCAUCAUGUAUUUGUGAUCAUUUUGAAGAACUACUUAGGAAAUUAAUCAGACCUCUAUAAUUGAUAUUUUUGACAUUUUGAGUAGCACAUGCCCAGGAAAAUACUCAGAAUGAACAAAUGAAUAAAUAAAGCUACUUCUAAAAAUAUGUUUUAGCAAUUACAUUUAUACAUAUUUUUAAAAAGCCUGCUGACUAAGUAAUAGAUAAAUUUUGGUGUAUUGCUAGUGCUAUGUAAGCUUACAGAGUUAAAUGACAUAUAUAAGAUUAUGUGUAAACAUGUUUGAGAAUCAAAAAGAUGUUAGUUUACACAAGAAAUUAUUACGUGCUGGUUACAUUUGUGAAAAAAGUUAGAUCUCUACACUGGAAUGUAAUUGCAGGCUAAUAUUUUAUCUCUUUGUUUCUGUAAAACAUUAAUGUGUAUAAUAACAAUAAAAGAUUACUUGGUGAA